UUUGUGGACUAGCCCCUCCCACUAAACUGGUGGGUGUGCCUUGUGUGGUCUGUUUUCUCCACAUCAUAAUUUAACAUCUCCCAAGCCUAAACACUAAAGAACUCCCUAAGGACAUAAUCGAGUGAACACACAGCAGAAGUGUCCCAGGACGUGUCAAAUAUAAUUAUAGAGUUCAGUGAUGUCCAACGAUGACCUGUUGUCGGUGAGGCUCACAUUCAAGGGCAAAGAGCACAGAUUCCUGCUCAACCCAGCGCAAGCACUGGUGGGUGUGGCGGCAGAGAUACGAAGACAGACUGGAUUGAAAGAGGACUCUAAGUUCAACCUUAAGUGGCUCGAUGUUGAGGGUGACCCUAUUAGUGUCGACCUCAAUCGACAGAAUGAGUGGGAUGAAGCUAUAAGACUGCACUUUUACAACCACGAAAAUGAGUUAAUGCUACACGUUUUUGAGGGUGAAUCUCCAAAUCCUGGACAACUCUGUGACGGAGAGGACAUGCGUAUCUAUCAUCGUCGCGGUGCACGGCGCUGGAAGAAAGUGCGACGUAUCAAUGGACAUUCGUUUGUUGCCAAGAGAUUUCAAACAGCUUUCUGUGAGAAAUGUGAGGACAGGAUAUGGGGCCUUGGCCGUCAAGGUUACCGGUGUGAGUCGUGCAAGAUGACAGUGCACAAGAGGUGCUGCUAUUUCUUGAGGACUGAAGAAGUAUGCAAGGGACACCCGCCCAUCAAAACUCGCGAGGAGGAGGCUGUCAUCAAGAAGAGGGAACAGGGCACAGACUAUUACAGUGGUUACCUCAAACAGCAUGGCAGCAACGUCAUCUCAGAGUCUCAAAUCUCCAUGGAGGACUUCAACAUCUUGAAGGUGAUUGGUCGCGGGAGCUACGCAAAGGUGCUCAUGUGUGAGCUGAAGAAGACCAAGCAGAUCUAUGCCAUGAAGGUCAUCAAGAAGUCACUGGUCAUGGACGAAGAGGACAUAGACUGGGUGCAGACUGAGAAGCACGUGUUUGAGCAGGCCUCCAACCAUCCCUUCCUGGUCGGACUCCACUCAUGCUUCCAGACCGAGAGCAGACUGUUCUUUGUGAUAGAGUGUGUCAAUGGAGGGGACCUCAUGUUUCACAUGCAGAGACACAGGAGACUCCCCGAGGAGCACGCUCGUUUCUACUCGUCAGAGAUUGCUCUGGCUCUAAACUUCCUCCAUGAACGAGGUAUAAUCUAUCGAGAUCUGAAACUGGACAACGUACUGUUGGAUACUGAUGGUCACGUUAAGCUGACGGAUUAUGGGAUGUGUAAAGAGGGGCUGAGACCCGGGGACACCACCUCCACUUUCUGUGGUACACCCAACUACAUUGCACCGGAGAUUCUGAGAGGACAGGACUAUGGUUUCUCAGUGGACUGGUGGGCUUUAGGAGUGCUUCUCUAUGAGAUGUUGGCAGGGAAGUCACCGUUUGACAUUGGAGGCCAUGACAUGCCUGAUCAGAGCACUGAGGACUACCUGUUCCAGGUAAUUCUGGAGAAGACCAUUCGCAUCCCUCGCUCCCUCUCUGUAAAGGCUGCACAAGUCCUCAAGGGAUUCUUGAACAAGAAUCCUGCUGAGCGACUCGGCUGUCAUCCUCAGACUGGCAUUCAAGAUAUCAUGUCUCACGCCUUCUACAAGAGCAUUGACUGGGAACUGAUGAAGCAGAGACAAAUCACCCCACCCUUUAAACCAAGGAUUGACUCGGAUAGGGACCCUUCGAACUUUGACCCCCAGUUUAUUGGAGAGCCUCUUGAGUUCACUCCUGAUGACGAUGAUGUAUUACAGGCCAUAGACCAAGGAGAGUUUGAAGGCUUCGAGUAUGUUAACCCUCUUCUCAUGUCUAAAGUCGAUGAUGUGUAAUCAGUCUUUAAACUAUUCAAUGUAGACUCUAGAACAUGUAUGUAAUUCUUAUCAAUUUUUCUUCAUUAUUUUUGUGCAAUAGCUUAAUUGGUGAAAUAGAAGGAACACUGUAUAGCAGCAAUUUUUAAUAAUUAAUUUUAAUGAUCGUUAAUAAUAAAAAUAUUAAUCAUGUUGA